GCGUUCUGGUUUUGCAUAUCAAGUGGAUUUUAUGUCAAUUGGGACGAAAGUGGAACAUAACUCAUUCAAAGUGUACAAGCAAUAAUUUUGGAAAGAUCUUCUUACAAAUGGGCAUCGCUAUGAUUCAAACGGAAAUGUGGCUGGCAGCGAUUUUCGUCGUCGCAGCAGUUUUGGACAUUCAAGUGGACGGAGCCCCCCUUACAGUGUCCUAUGUCUGCGUUGAAAGCGUCUAUUUAGACGGAGUGACAGGUCUAUACUCUGUGGCUUAUAUCUACACUAAUGGAGGUGAAGGCCCCUUGGCUGUUAGUGUGGUCAGUCAGCAGCCUCCUGGUGGGCAGUUUACCAUACAGGGUUUAACAAUAUAUGGUAAUGGGACUGCUCUCGCAGAAAACUGCGUGUCAAGUUACUACGUGACCUGGAACGUAGCAGAUAACACAACUGUAUAUACUGACACAUUUAAAGUUCCAGUUCAUGGUUUACCAAGCGGUUGCCCUGAGACGACAACGGUGGCUCCAACAGCAACCCCAUGCGAGUGUGGUUCUGAUGAAAAAUCGUCGGACGACCCGAAGAGCAAGAAGAAAGGAAAGGGCAAAAAGUCACGCCCUCGCAAUUGGUAGCAAGGGAGAGUCGGUGGUCGCCCCUGAAAUCGGAGGCUUUUCAGCUCUGACAUUCAUUUCGAUGAAAUGUACAAAGUAUGAAAUACAUGUAAUAAAUUGCAACGUUAAAA